AAGGGUAAAUUUGGACCUUCAAGAGACUACUUGAUUUAGGUGCAGAGUGCAGACUGCCAGGAAAAUAAAAAGAAGGGACAUCGAGCGAGUCGAAACGCGCCAGUAAAGAUGGAGAGCUCAGGCGAACUGGUGCCGUUCCCGUUGCUGACAACGCCGAUUGAGUCAAAUUACCGAGCAUGUAGCAUUCCUUACAGGUUCCCUUCCGACAAUCCCAAGAAACCUACUCCCACUGAGAUUUCCUGGAUCGACCUUUUCAUGAAUUCCAUUCCUUCUUUUAGGAAGAGGGCCGAGAGCGAUGACAGUGUUCCAGAUGCUCCUUUGCGAGCCGAAAAGUUUGCUCAGAGGUAUGCUGAAAUACUUGAGGAUCUAAAGAAAGAUCCUGAAAGUCAUGGAGGGCCUCCUGAUUGCAUUCUUCUUUGUCGCCUUAGAGAGCAAGUGCUUAGAGAAGUGGGAUUCAGAGACAUAUUUAAAAAGGUCAAGGACGAAGAAAAUGCAAAGGCUAUAUCCCUAUUUGAGGAGGUGGUACGUCUUAAUGAUGCUAUUGAGGAUGAAGCCAAGCGUGUAGAGAAUUUGGUCAGAGGAAUUUUUGCAGGAAAUAUUUUUGAUCUUGGCUCUGCAAAGCUUGCAGAGCUGUUUUCAGAGGAUGGUAUGUCUUUUCUCGCUAGUUGCCAAAACCUUGUCCCUCGACCCUGGGUUAUAGAUGAUAUGGACACUUUUAUUACAAAAUGGAGUAAAAAAACAUGGAAAAAGGCUGUAAUCUUUGUUGAUAAUUCUGGUGCAGAUAUUAUUUUGGGUAUUUUGCCAUUUGCUAGAGAAUUACUUCGUCAUGGAGCACAGGUUGUUUUGGCUGCUAAUGACUUACCUUCUAUCAAUGAUGUUACUUACACUGAGUUAGUAGAGAUUAUAUCUAAGUUGAAGGAUGAGCGUGGGAAGCUCAUAGGUGUUGACACAUCCAAUCUUUUAGUGGCCAAUUCUGGAAACGAUUUGCCGGUUAUUGAUCUCACGACGGUUUCUCAGGAACUGGCAUACUUGGCAAGUGAUACUGACCUCGUCAUUUUGGAAGGCAUGGGCCGUGGAAUAGAGACAAACCUGUAUGCUCAAUUUAAAUGUGAUUCUCUCAAGAUUGGAAUGGUGAAGCACCCAGAGGUUGCUCAAUUUCUUGGUGGAAGGCUUUAUGAUUGCGUUUUCAAAUUUAAUGAAGCUUUAAGUUAAAUAGUUGAGUUAAUCAACUAUUUCAGUUCUUUCUACCGGACAAACUCAACAAAUUGAAGAUUCUUGUAAAUCAUUAUUAGUGGAUACGAUUUGCAACUCUGUUGCAGAAAAUGUUCUUCAGUUCUUGAAGGUUGGAUUGCAAAUGAAGCACGUGUGUUAUUUUCUUCCUUAAACUUUUGCUUGUUUUGGGUGCUCCCGCAGUAGUGUGGCUAUGCAGGUAUUAUUACAGUUGCAACUUGAUCUCACCCUGUUGUCUUUCCGGCACUCCAGUUGGACCUAGUAUUCCAAACCAACAGUUAAGUGUUGCAUUAGUUUGGUGGAACCAUAGAAGAGAGUUGCAACCAGGGAUGUAACAGUGUACACAGUUUUACAGAUGUCUCGAUUAAUUAGGCUACAAAUUGCAUUCAAGUGCAUAAACAAGAAAAAAAAACCUUGGUUCCCUAAUAGCUUGUGUGGAUGGUUGUUAUGUAUCGUUUUGUAAAGUAUCGUAUAAUAUUGUACUGUUUUGUAUCGUUUUGAUUUA